GGCCGCUCGUUUCGUUCGUUCGUUCGUUCGUUCGUUCUUUCGUUCUUCAGAGGUCCCGCCUGAAGUAAAGCGUGAAAAUGGAUUGAAGGGAUCUUCAUUUCUUGGCUAGGACUCCGAAAGGAAAGACUUGAGAUUAGCCGGUUGGUCUGUGGUUGCCACCCGCUGACAUAACUUCAGGUGAAAGGAAACGAAACGAACCAGAAGAAGAAGAAGGGGAAUGGAGGACGACGACCAAAGAAACGACAGAUAAGAUUUCUCCUUGAUUCGAAGGUCACGCGGGACUUUCGUCAACAACAACAGUUCCUAUCUAUCGCCGGGCUCAUUGCAAAUUGAGCACUUCAUCUCGUCCUUGGUGACCAUUGGACGUGAUGAUAACUAGUCUGUGAUCAUCGAUUCUAUUUGUUUAUGUGAUUGUCACGUCGUGAAAGAGUCCAUCAGAGCCUCUAAAACCCGAUGAAGAGGUGAUAAACAGUGGCUCGAAAACCAUCAGGGGCUUAGGACACCGGAUGGAUGGGAAUGUUUGCGAGUUAUGAGCUCUGAUGAUGAGAUGACGCUUUAAACUCGGACUUCACUUCCAAUUGAAAGGCUCUGCAUGUCAUGACACUUGGUAGCGUGACCCUAGCCGGGGUCGGCACCGUCAGUGGCCUCACUGCGACUGGUAUCUGGUUCUUUCCGUUUCUCCUGGCAUCGAUCGCUUUCUUCCACUCCUACUCCGUGGACAAGGAGAAGGCUCCAAUCAACAGAAAACGCCUGUACACGGAAUAUGAUUUCAUCAUCAUUGGAGGCGGUUCCGCGGGGGCAGUGCUGGCCAAUCGCCUCUCCGAAGACCGUCGUUGGAACGUUCUUCUAUUGGAAGCCGGAGGUGAUGAGACCGAGAUCUCGGAUGUCCCGGCCCUGGCUGCUUAUCUCCAACUUGGAGGCAUGGAUUGGCAGUAUAAAACCGAACCACAGCCCGGUCGAGCUUGCUUGGGACACACCAAUGGAGGUCGAUGUAACUGGCCGCGAGGUAAAGUGAUCGGUGGCUCCUCAGUGCUCAACUACAUGCUCUAUGUGAGAGGAAACAGAAAAGACUAUGAUCAUUGGGCGAAGAAAGGCAAUUACGGGUGGAGUUAUGACGAAGUGUUGCCCUAUUUUCUCAAGUCCGAAGACAAUCGUAAUCCCUAUUUGGCCAACACCCCUUAUCAUCGCGCGGGUGGCUUGCUGACCAUUCAAGAGUCGCCUUGGAGAACCCCUCUAGCCACCACUUUUGUCGAAGCUGGCGUUGAGAUGGGGUUUGAGAACAGAGACGCUAAUGGAGAGUUUCAGACGGGAUUCAUGAUUCCUCAAGGAACCAUUCGCCGUGGGUCAAGAUGCAGUACUGCCAAGGCGUUCCUCAGGCCGAUUCGAUUGCGGAAAAACCUGCAUAUCUCCAUGAAUUCGCAUGUGGUCAAAAUUCUCAUUGAUCCUGCCACCAAGACCGCCUAUGGCAUCAAGUUUCGUCGAGACAACAAGCUUUGGAUGGUCCGCGCUCGUAAGGAGGUGAUCUUAUCGGCCGGCGCCCUGAACACCCCUCAAUUGUUGAUGCUCAGUGGCAUUGGUCCCGAGUGGCACCUUAAUGAUAUUGGUGUCCCCGUGUUACAAGACUUGCCUGUGGGUGAGAAUCUUCAAGAUCAUUACGGGUCAAAUGCCAUGGCAUUUACCAUCAACCAACCCGUUUCAUUAGUACAAACUCGUUACGAAAACGUUCCAUCGGUUCUCAAAUAUAUUUUAUUUGGCUCUGGACCGUUGACUGUUCUGGGUGGCGUUGAAGGGCUGGCCUGGAUUCCGACCAAGUUCACCAACAAAUCCGACGAUUUUCCCGACAUUGAGAUCCACUUUGUCUCCGGCAGCCCAGGAUCUGACGGCGGGCGUCAAAUCCGUAAGGUCCACGGAAUUAGUGACGAGUUAUGGGAAGUGUAUCGGCCCCUCGCCUACAAAGAUGCGUGGGGGGUUGUGCCCAUGAUCAUGAGACCCCGGAGUCGAGGACAGGUGCGUCUCAAGAAUGCCAACCCUUUUGAGAAGCCGAUCUUUUACGCCGGAUACUUCACCGAUCCCUACGACAUUCAAGUGCUCGUGGAAGGCAUCAAGUUUGUCCUGGCCAUGUCUCAAACGCAAGCUUUCCAGAAGUGGGGCACGAGAUUUUGGGACCAGAUCCCCAUUCCUGGCUGUGAAUCAACCGAGCUCUGGUCCGACGAGUAUUGGGCAUGCAUGUGUCGAACGUACACUUCAACCAUUUAUCAUUACUCUGGAACAACCAAAAUGGGCCCACCCCAUGAUGAAGGUGCCGUUGUGAAUCCCGAGCUCAAGGUGUAUGGGGUUCGGGGCCUCCGUGUGAUCGAUGCCAGCAUCAUGCCGGAUGUGGUGAGUGGCAACACCAAUGCUCCAACCAUUAUGAUUGCCGAGAAAGGAGCAGACUUAAUCAAAUCGUAUUGGUAUUCAAAGAAGAAGCGGAGGCGGAGAAGGCGGAAUGCCUCGGCCGAAGGCGAUGACAAAGACGAUCUAGAAAAUGAGAUGCCCGCCAAUCUUACCUCAUCAAUACAGUCGCUCAGUGAAAGUCUCAAAGAGCGAAGUGAUCUCAUGUCAGAUUGGCCUCAAAAGCUGGCCCCAAGCUCAUCAAAACGGCCGUCAAGCUGAAAUCAGCCUGUCACCUUUAGACCCACAUAACUAAUUCAAUUCGCCUCUCAAGGGCCUAUACAUACUUGUAUUUUGGGGGCAUUUUAUCCUGCUAGUAAAGCUAGUAAAACACGGACGGUUUUCAAGCAUUUCCUGCCCGGUUUUGUGCGUCAUCACCACCCUCUUGCCAUGCUCAUGGGGUAUUUAUUGUCAUUCCGUGUCUGACUCAAUCACUUUCUUAAUCCUGAUGUAUUGUUCAAAGGUAAGGCACGUACGUCUGGCAUUGCCUACCUACCUAGAUCGGACUAUUCAAAGUGAUAGUGACGCAAUCCUUGGUCUUGUUCUCUUGUGUCGUGUCUACUGACCCAGCCGAGAGUAAGCAUUCAGUUAACGGCAUGCAUUCCUUGAAUCUUAAGGAGUGCGACAACAACCGACUUCCACCAAAGAUUGGCAGGAAUUUGAAUGAAAGUACAGGGCGAGUGAGUGGAUAUCCGCCAUGCAUUCUUCAGUCACGUUUUUCUCUGAGGCAUCAUUGUCCUGCGUCCGAACGCAAGAAUACCACCUAUCUGUGCGUACAACCGAACUUUUGAAGCACCACUCGACUCCUGUUCUGUCCUCCUUGAAUCCUUCUUGGUGAGGGUGAUGAUGUCGGAAUUGUGUACCUUACAUGCUUCGGUUGGAAAGAUUGGAGCCAGGUUCAGAUGUAUUUACAGGUGCACUUGCUUGCAGCUAAGUUUGGCUCUGUGGAAACCUCCCUAGUGAUGGGAAAUAGCCAUCCGGACUCUUCUAGCUUCGUUCGCUCGCUCGCUUGGUUCUAUCCCCAACAACUUCUCUAAUCCGACUGGCUGGUUGUCUACCUGUCGGAAAGAAAACUUCGAGGAGGCCCAUUUGACUUCAAGUGCGUUCUCACCAUAUGUGAAGAUCCAAUGUGUUCUGCGUGUGCUGCUUGGCUCCAAAGUGUGACUUGAGGCGAAGCGAAGAAGGUCAAAUUUACUAGACUACAAAAGCUAAAGUCAAAUCGAACGACCCCUCACACGGCAUACGUACAUAAUGAAAUAGGAACUAAUUCUAUGAUAACAAUUGCUCAAAAUUUCAGACUCGCAAUCACCCGUGCCAUCUUAUUUAGUUUUACUUUCGCCAAGUGAUUAAAUCAAUAAAAUCAAAAAACGGAAAUACGAGUAAAACCUCAUGA